GUUGGUAGCGGUACACCGAGGAGAGGCUUCGUCCCUCAGGCAUCCUGUCUCACCCUGCGGGGGAAGGGAGCUGGGUGGGGGCAAGCCAGGAAGGGAGGAUCUCAGUGGCUCUCCUAAAAUCUAUCAGCAGGCUGCUAGGAGGGAAGAGUUUGGCACUUCGCAGCGAGGCUGGGCUUGUUUUCCCUAGCGGUGAUGCCGCUGGACUGAGAGCGGCGCGGCCGCGCGAGUUAGGGGGACGGAGCCCCCCCCCAGCUCCUUCCAGCGCCCCCAGACCCGGUGCAGCGCCUUCAGCCCCGGCGGCUCGUCCGUGCCGCCCCACUGUAUGAGCGCUGCUCCGAGGACAGGGCGGCUCGGCGCCUGCUAGGGCUGCUCUCCGCCGCCCCCCGGACUUCCCCACCACCGACGAGGAGCGGCGCGCACCCCGCACCCGGAGAGUUGUCUCGGCAGGCUCCGUGCUAUGGCGAGGCUGCGGAGAAGCAAACUAGCCGCCGGAUUUCUAUUACUUUUCCAGUGCCUGAGCGAGCGCUGCCAGCUCGCCGGCGGAGAGACGCCGAGGCAGAGCCGCGGUGUGUUUUAUGAAGUUGUUCAGAGCUUCCCUCGAGUGGAGGAAAAUGUGGAGGUGGAUUCAUUUGUAAGCAGCCACAGGUGGAGAAGGCACUCAGAGUCCCUCAAAUCAGUGGACACCAACAGAGCCAGCAUGGGGCAGGAUUCCUUGGAGCCAGGGGGUUUCACUGACCUGCUGCUUGAAGAGGGACAUGACAACACUACACAGAUUGAGGAGGAUACAGAUCAUAAUUAUUAUACAUCAAGGACGUAUGGCCCCUAUGAUUCUACCAGCCGGGAUUUGUGGGUCAAUAUAGACCAAAUGGAGAAGGACAAAGUAAAGAUUCACGGGAUCCUUUCCAAUACCCAUCGUCAAGCAGCAAGAGUGAACCUGUCCUUUGAUUUUCCAUUUUACGGACAUUUUCUACGUGAAAUUACUGUGGCAACUGGGGGUUUCAUAUAUACUGGAGAAGUUGUGCAUCGAAUGCUAACAGCUACUCAAUAUAUUGCACCCUUAAUGGCAAAUUUUGACCCCAGUGUGUCAAGAAAUUCAACAGUCAGAUACUUUGAUAAUGGCACAGCACUAGUUGUCCAGUGGGACCAUGUACAUCUGCAGGAUAAUUACAACCUGGGGAGUUUCACUUUUCAGGCCACCCUUCUCAAUGAUGGUCGUAUCAUUUUCGGCUACAAAGAAAUUCCUGUCGCUGUGACACAGAUAAGUUCAACCAACCACCCAGUGAAAGUGGGACUUUCAGAUGCAUUUGUGGUUGUGCACAGGAUCCAGCAAAUUCCCAAUGUCCGCAGAAGAACAAUUUAUGAGUACCACAGGGUGGAGCUACAGAUGUCAAAGAUUACCAAUCUCUCAGCUGUUGAAAUGAUACCACUUCCAACUUGUCUCCAAUUUACCAGCUGUGGUCCCUGUGUCACUGCCCAGAUUGGUUUCAACUGCAGCUGGUGCAGUAAACUCCAAAGAUGCUCCAGUGGAUUUGAUCGUCACCGGCAAGAUUGGGUAGACAGUGGCUGCCCUGAAGAGUCAAAGGAUAAGAUUUGUGAGAAGACUAUAGACACAACAGAAACACCUCUGUACUCCACCACCACCCUUCUGCCAACCACCACAAGGUUCAGAGUUUUAACAACCACCAGAGGAUCCACCACUUCCCACCUUCCAACCAGCCUGCCCACAGAAGAUGACACCAAGAUAGCACUGCACCUAAAAGACAAUGGAGCUUCAACAGAUGACAGUGCGGCGGAGAAGAAAGGUGGAACGCUUCAUGCCGGGUUAAUUGUCGGCAUCCUGGUCCUGGUCCUCGUUGUGGCUGCAGCCAUCCUCGUGACUGUCUACAUGUAUCAUCAUCCAACGUCAGCAGCGAGUCUCUUCUUUAUAGAGAGACGUCCAAGCAGAUGGCCAGCAAUGAAAUUCAGAAGAGGAUCUGGACAUCCUGCCUAUGCUGAGGUGGAACCAGUGGGAGAAAAAGAAGGGUUCAUCGUAUCAGAGCAGUGCUAAAAUUUCUGGGACAGAACACCAGUACUGGCCUACAGGUGUAAGACAUUUAUUUUGCCUCUCUUUAAAGAAAAGGAGCCCUAAGCUGCUGUAGCCUGAUAGAAAGAAGAUUCUGGAUAAACUUUGUCCAAGAAGAAAAACAAUCUAAGAUACCAGAUUACUACUGCACAGUAGUUUUUGUUAGUGGACUGAGACACAAUGGUUCAUGCAGAACACUUGUCAGUGGACACCUACAGUAUCAGAACCAUGGCACAAGUGCCAUGAUAUUUGCUUUAGGUGUGGGGAUGCACAGUAAUCAGAAAUAUAAUAAAGCUUUGGUGCGCAAGGGUGCUGCCCUUUGGUUCAAGUCUUCUCUGUUAUCUCAAAGACUGAGGAAAAAAUCUGUACCAUUUCAGUGCAAAGGGCAUUGAUCACAGUGUGAUUGAGAAAAGCAUCUUAAGACAGGUAAAGAAACAGAAAAGGAAUUUUCCAACAUUUACAUAAGCAGAUGUGAAAUACACUUUUCAAUUCUAAAUCAACCUGCCAACCUGAGUGAUUCACAAUGUAAAUGCUUUCCAGGAAUAAUACAAUGUUUCUUGUACAUUGCUGAUUACUAGGCUGCUAAACAACAGAUUGGUAAGAACUGAAGACAACAGAGAAUUUUCAUUAUGGUGGAAUUAUUUCAUGGGAGUUCACAUGACGUUUGGUUGAUUUUCAAUUUCAAUGUUCACUAAAAAAUGAAUGAUCAGGUUUGUAUUAAGGUGUAUUUUUCAUUUCUCAGCAGUAGGUUGAAGUAAAGCAACAGAUCCUUUUAGCUGCCAGAGAGCUUAUGGACCAUUUCUUAGGCAAUGGGGUGAGAAAAAUAAGAUUUAAAAUAAAUGGGUUUCUACUCUUUGCCAUUUCAUUGUGAGUCCUUACUGAGAAGCACCAUAGACUUCAAUGCAUCCCUUCCAGAGAUUCAGAUACAAGUGUUAUUGAACCCUGCUGAUUCAUACAGUGGUUUUGUUUAAUGCACAUAGUAGUUGCAUAAAUAUAUAUAUAAAUAUAUUUUUUUUUAUAGCUAACACAAGGCGGGUUCUUGUGACUGUUAAGACUGCAUUUUUGUCAUCCAGACAAAGGAAAUGAAUUGCAUUACUGCAUAUUUCCACUGAGUUGUAAAAUAAUCCUUAAUAUUAGAAUAUUUUUAUGUUGUGUAGGGAAGGUGGUUCAUGUAGUUGCAGUCCAUAAACUUUCUGCCUAUUGGAACCAUUCUUUCUGUAAAAUUGACACUUUCCCUCCCUGCACAGGGAAAGACAACACUAUAAAUUCACACCAUCAAAAACAGUUACUCCUUUCAGGGAAGGGGUUUAUAUACAUGGAGACCCAGAGCUUCCCUGAGGAGUGGAAACCUAAAUGCUUUGAUGAUCUGGGCCUGAGGUAUUGAAAUGUAAAAUUCAGGUACUGCAUGUACGUUUCAUAGCAGUCAUUUACUAUCAAUUUUUUUACAUACUGUGCAAGGCACUUGAAUGAUUUUUAAGUGAGGUAUAAAACAUUUGUGGUUUUGGAUUUUGAGCAGUUUAAAAAAGUUGUAGAUACCACCUUAAUAGUACAGUUACUUACAUUUCUUGAUGCUUGUAUGGCCUAAAUUUGAUUACUUAACGCUGUUAAAAAAAAAAAAAGCAAACAUUAUUUUUGUUAUUUUGCUCAGUAAAUACUACAAUACUGUAUUUUCUGUAUUCUUUUGUUUUGGGUAACACAUUUUUGUUUUCAUCUGGUUUGAAUCAUCUAGCAUGAGAUUGAAAUUGUUCAAAAACUAACUGAUAUUAAUCUGAAGGUACUAACAAACACAUUGUUUUGAAGCCUGGUUAAAAACCUGUGGCGAGUAGUCAUUUCCAUUUGUGUGGGUCUGCUGAACCCUUUUUCUAAUAGGCUGGGUUUAAAUUGCAGGCUUUUAAUUCUGAUAGCAAUAACCAAAUGUAUGCACAUAUAUAUGGUGACACAUUUUUAUUAAAUAAAAAGGUAUCAGUGCACAUCAUGUAGGAACGUAUUUGGUGUGCAAUAAUUAUCAUCAGUUUUUCUGGGAAUCUUGGAAGUCCUCAGCUGGGGUUCAUUACAAAAAAAAGCAAUUGCAGAGCUUCUGGAAUCCUGUUUGAAAUAAUUUUUAUUUCAGAGAACAUCAUUGCAAAUUAUCCUAAGAAUUUGCAAAAAUCUACAUAGUACUGCAAUAAGUUCAAAGGAUAUUUCAUAUAAGUAAAGAAGAUUUAUAUUAUUGUGGGUUUACAGGUCUGCUCUUCAUCUGAUUCAUUCCUAUUUUUACCCAGGUAUGUAAUGUAUGUCAUGCAAUGUAGCUGACAGAGUAUUUGUGAUAUGAGUAGACAAAUAUGUCAGCAAUUUUAAAAUCUGAUGUUUUGGUUACUUUUGGUUUAAGGCCCCUUCAUAGCUGAAGGAUGUUUGUUAGUAUUUGCAGACUAACUUACAUGUUAUACUACUUCAUAAAAUAAUAGAAAUAUUUUUUUUCAUUUUUGUCCUCAUCAUGUACUUAGGUGGGAGAUUUCACUGGUCUGCAGGGAGCAUCAUAAAAUACUCCUUCAGGCUUUUGCCACGAUGUUAUAUGCUGUGGAUUAUAACAUGAGGAGUUGCUGGGUUUAUUUAAUAAGAUUGAUAGGCAUAUGCUUAUGUCUGAUAAGAACUGCUAUCUGAACAGAGAACCUCCUGCAUACUAGUGGAUGUAUAGUAUCUCAUUGGUGUCUGCUUUGAUAUAUUCUGUGGUAUGUUCUAUUUAUCCCAGUAGGCAAAAGUUAAUUAAGGAAUCUGUUGCUGUUUUGUAAUUCCAUCUGGUUUUCUAAUUUUUUAAUAAUUAAAAUUGCCACAUUAAAAAUUAUACAAACAUUAAUCUAGAGGUCUGAUAAAAUAUUGAGAUUAACUGAGAAUCCUAUUCUUAUAUUUUUAUAAAGCAGGAGGUUUAAUUGACCCAGCCCAAAAAAAUGUCAUACAGCCCUCUCCCAGAAAUCCAGCUGAAAUGUUUUUCAACAAUUCAUAAAUUUUCAUCUAAGUGUCUGAAACAGUGGUUUCACUAGCAUUCCCAGUGGUCCUUCAUUUGAAUCUUACUCAGAAAAAAUGCUUGUUUACAGAGUCAUUUAUCCCAACAGUUAUUUUAACUCUUAAACUUCCCUAUUGAAUUUAUUUAUCUAAUACUAUUUGUUUCAAGAUCUGUCACAUUUUUCCUUAUUAUUUUCCAUUUUAGUGUCAACUGUUCCAUAAUGCCUAACUCUCAGUGCUCUGCUUCAGCUCAUCCUCCUCCACAGAGAUAAAGAAAAAUUUGAAUUCUAAGGACUCAAGGCACAUUACUAAGUAGCUUUCAAAUCUUAUUAAGAUGAAACAUUAAAUCAGAUGUACAUGUAUAUGUGCAUGUGUGUGUGAUUUAUAUAUAUAUAUAUAUAGACAUAGAUAAAGAUAUAGAUCACCACACACAGAAAUUAUUGAAAAAAAAGACCCUACAAUUUCCGAAGUUGUAUUCAUAUAUUAAGAAAUUGUGGAACAGCUGAAGUGGAAUUGUAAUUUCAUUCACAUGUGCAUACUUAUAAUGAUGUGAUUAUUUAAUUGUUCUCUAUGGUUCUCAGUACAUCCCAUAAUGUAUUGGAAUAAGAGAACUCAGAUUUUUCACAAGAAACCUCUAUGCCAUAUUUUUCUCCUCUUUGCUCAAAUUUUUGUUGCAUACCAUCCAAAGCCUUUUCAGAAGACCUUUUUUUCAUGGACUUUUCUUCUGUACCCAUCACAUUGAGGGAUGUAUACCCUGAUUUAUUUCUGCUCUGAGCAUUCCCAUGAAGGGAGUCAAUUUUCCAGAGAACACCAUAUGAAAGAGUUCUUCUUUUCUUAUAAUUGCCCUUCUCAUUCUCUACAGCUUCUGCUGCAAAUGAUAUAGAUAUCUUGUAAGUAACAACCUACUUCAAUGCACAUUAUUAUUUAGCUUCAGAUCAAGCUCAUUUUACAACUAAUGUGUGUGCUGGAAUUCUGGGAGAAAAGAUAAUACAUCACUGUAUUCUGAGAAACUGUGGAAACCAAAUUAAAUUUGCACAAGCUGAACAGAAUAUUUAGCUUUGCAAAAUUCACCGUAUUUCUUGUUCAACAGAGUUCAAACUGUAAGAAAACUCGCUGCCUGAGUACCUGAGACAGCUGAGUAGUCAUGCCAUUAGUUUGCCAUUCAAAUGUGAAAGCAAUGGAAAAGGAAGGGGUGAGCUGGUUUGCCAGUGAGCAUGGAAGAGAUAUUCUUUUCUGUAAAGUGAAAAGAGUUCCAAUGAAAAAAAGAGAAUAUUUCUAUAUUCUAUUAGAGAACCUCUUGGAUAAGCAAAAGAAACUCUAAAUUGUAACACACAUCAUUUCAUUUGUAUAGGAUAUCUAAACAAGGUUUUGCAAGCAGUUGUCAGGAGCUGGCAGAUUUUCACAAAGUAGGUGGGUGACUAGAGCAUUCAGAGUAGCCCAUGUUGGAUCAUGGUCCAGUUCACAGAUCAUGAAAGGGAAUUUUUACCUUGAGUGCAUACUGUGGAGAAAGCAAUGGCUGUGUUAUGAGUUUCUGAUGCUAAGCAAUGAAGCUUUGUAUAAAGACAACAUUUGACAUUCACAUAGAAGACAUCUCAGCUGCACACAGCCCACAGGAUUAGCCAUGAGGAACAGAACUGGAAUAGAUCACAAAUUUGGCUCAAAUCAACAGUUUUGAUCUCGGGGAAUUUAUUACCUCCAGUGAAGAGAAAGACCAGCAGCAAGCACUGCUGUUCACAGGAAGACCAAUGGAAUCCUUACGCAUGUGCCUCUGCCUUCUUGCAGAGAACUGCUUGAAGCCUAAAAAGCCCCAGAAAUAAAUGCUACUGACCAACAGGGUAACCUUAACCCUAAUGCUCAUGUUUUAGACAGAGAUUUCAAGAACUGAUACCUGAUACUAAUUUCCUUAUGGAUGUAAUAAUACAUUGGGUUUGAGUCUUGGUUUUUUUGGAGUAGGAGAAGGAGAAGGGAAAAAUGCAGAACAGAAGGAAUUUCAGUAUUCCCAGAUGCUCCAAAGGUACAGCGAGAAACCUUAUUUACAGUCUUGAGAGCAUUGUUACUGUGAGCCAGUGGCACUGAGUGGAAACACAUGAGGUCUUCCUUCAUGCCAGCUCUAUAAUUUUAAACUAAAAAAAGUCAUCAGAACCACUGGCUUCUGUCUAAAUCAUGAGUCUAUAUUUCAUCUCAUGGAUGGUUUAUGUCACUCCUUAGGGAAAAAAGGCUUGAGUCACAGACAGGAUUUUGAGGUGGAACAGUGUGCCAGUAGUGUUUUAUCAGAAGCCAAAUAUGACAAAGCAGGAUGUAGCUUGUGUAGAACUGAGAGAAACAAAUCAAUUUAAUUUUAUCAGAGCAGCCAGUAUCGCUACGGCUGAAGCACGGAUAAAAAAUUCAAGUCUGUGAGCUGAUUGGACUUGAUUGAAACAAUAUCAUAAGUCUAAAGCUGUCCUUUAACUAUCAGUUUAUGGUCAAAUCUUUAGUGAUUUUCUUGACUUUUUAAUUUUUUAUGGGGAAGAAAACACUUGAGCAUGCCAAGUAGAAUAAAGUAUCUUUCUGACAGGAACAGAGUCUCAUCCUGAUGCAAUUCUUUCCCA